AUGACCAUUGAAAAGGCUGAGGGCUAUGCGUCCAAAGACACGCUGGCAAAAGAACCUUUCACUUCCCCCAAUUGCGCAACUUUCAACGUACUGGACCGAUACUAUGUCUUCACUGAUAGUCACCAGAGAGUCUGGUGGGAGAAGACCGGCCGACUGUUCGACAAAAUCUUAGCUUCGGCGGGCUAUAACCCUGCCCGGCGCCUAGAGGCUCUGAAAUUUUACAUCCAGGUCCUGAUACCGCUUCUGGGUCCCUACCCAUAUCAAUUUCGCAGCGCAAUUACCCGCAGUGGACUGCCACUAGAGUUCAGCGUCAACUACCAACAACGGGGAGACGUCGACCCUGUGGUUCGCAUCGGAUUCGAACCGGUCACUGCGGCGUCGGGAACAGAUAUUGACCCCUACAACCAAUUACCAGUUGUUGGUCUCUUGAACCAGCUUGAAAUACUGAAUAUACCUGGAUUCGACCCGUCACUGUUCCGAUAUUUCCUGGAUACUCAUACUGUCAAUGGCCAAGAGAAAGAGCUUCUCAAGGAGAAGAAGAUUGAAGGAAGCGAUCUAACCUCCCAGGCUGCUUUUGGGUUUGAUCUGAAGGAAAAAGCGAUUUCAGUCAAGGGUUACACAUUUCCCGCUAUCAAAUGCACUCUCAAUAAAAAAGGGUUUGGGAACUUCAUAGCUGAGUCAAUCCAGCCUCUCGCGGCGCAAAUGGGCCCCAUUUCCGCAUUUGAUAUGGUGAACUCGUAUUUGGAAGAGUCAAAUGGAUACAGCCAGUUUGCUUUCUGGUCCUUUGACUGUGUUGAUCCCGCUCGAUCGCGCCUCAAGCUCUAUAGCUCUCACAAUAGCGUUGUCUGGUCCAAGGUAGAGGAAAUAUGGACCCUAGGUGGGCGAGCCAACUCGACUGUUAUUCAACAGGGUCUUAAGUAUCUCAAGGAGCUUUGGGAGCUGACCAAGUUGUCCGAAGGGCAUCGUGAAUUUAACGGUGGCUUUGAUGACGGCGAAGACUCCACCGCAACCCCCAUGGUAUGGAAUUACGAGAUGAAAGCUGGCGAGGCUAUCCCUCUCACGAAGUUCUAUUUUCCAAUCCACGGCGAGAGUGACCAAGACGUCAUUGGUGGCCUGGCUCAUUUCUUGUCCCGUAUCGGGCUCUCCAAGUAUGGUGACAAUUACGAGGCGACAGUGCAGCACUAUUUGUAUGACCUCUCUACUUUCCCCAUCCUCUGUGGAAUGAAUCAGACUGCUAACUGUGAUAGUCCCGAAAGAGACCUUAGCAAAACCGCUCGCCUGACAUCGUGGAUUUCAUUCGCAUACACGGAGGCGACGGGGGUUUACCUGAGUGUAUACUACCAUUCCUCUGAUGAGUAUCCAUGGUCAAAACUAGAGGACAACAAUUAA